CUUUCUUUAACUGUCUAUGGGCUAGUGGCGCUAGGAUGAAGAGCUAACGGGAAAAGCGGAGCAUGUAUUUAUUCUACCGAAAGGAUUCGUCAUGGCGAAACAGUGGAGUCCAUGGAAGGGACAAGAUCCAUGAGAGCCAGGGGCUAUCAGGCUUCAUCUCAGAUACCAGAGGAGUUCCCCGAUUCCACUGGGAAGGAGAACAACAUGAAGCUUCCUAAACGCUGGACAGCACACAGGUAUGGGUUGGUACCGGGUGUGGUGGUAGGUUUUCUCUGUUUGGUGAUCUUCUCUCUACCAUGGAUUCAGACAUCGAGAAGCAAACCUCUGCCUUGGUACGUCAACCCAGCACAUAAAAAGCAGGUGCACGAGCACGUGCACAGAGUUUUGGAGAGCAAGUGUCGUCCCGGCAGCGCCAGGAAGAGCUUGUUGGCUCGACUUCCUGCUUCCCGUCACGUGACCCAGCCCUUCUUGUGGAGGGACGGCCCACUCGCCGAUGACCUCUUCCUGUUUCCACCGCCAUUUGGCUUCAGAAGUCUUCGGGGCAAUGUAAAGGAACUGCUGAAGCUGCUGCCAGACUCGCCACUGCCUGUAAAGACAGAUAAGUGUCGCCGCUGUGUGGUCAUGGGAAAUGGAGGCAUUCUCAGAGGCCUGGAGCUGGGCCCACUGAUCAACCGCUUUGACACCAUUAUCAGGUUAAACAGUGGUCCUCUGGGACAGUUCAGUGUUGAUGUCGGUAAUAGAACCACCAUCAGGAUGAGUUACCCAGAGGGAACCCCGCUCCGCUGGAUCGACACCGACCCAGACACUGUGUUUGUAGCCGUGGUGUACAAAGGUGUGGACAUCAGCUGGAUCUCCGCUAUGAUGAACAAGCUCACUGUGUCUCUGUGGGACUGGCUCUUCUUCUGGCAGACGGUUCCAGAUCAAAUCCCUCUCGAGCCCCACAGGUUCAGACUUCUAAACCCAGAAAUCAUCAGAGAGACUGCACUGGACCUGCUGAAAUACCCUCCACCAAGACAACUCCUGUGGGGAAGCGACCAGAACGUUCCUACCAUGGGUGUCGCUGCCCUGGAUUUGGCCAGUGUGCUGUGUGACGAGGUGAGCCUGGCGGGCUUCGGCUACAACCUGUCCCAGCAGGGGGCGCCCCUGCACUACUACGACGACCUGCACAUGACGGAGAUGCUGAAGCAGACAUCCCACAAUGUGGACAGAGAGACAAAACUCCUGCAAAGCUUGGUGAGAGAGGGAGCAGUCACCGACCUGACACAGGGGAUCCACUGCUCCUUCUGCCCCAUAUCUCUGAAAAGACAUCCCUGGUAAGCAGACUCUACUGUAUCAAACCUCUUUUUCCACUGCUUAUAAAGACAUUUUGUCCACUUCCAAAUGAAAUGUCAACACUGGAAAACAAAUGGAUCUGGAUUUAAAGUUGGAGGAAUGUGAGAAAAUGAAUAACACGUGGAUUGGUCUGCAAGAUGUUUUAAGGACGUUUCCAAAGCAGCUGUCAAAUACAUAAAGUCAAUGAAAAAGUAUUCCUUUACACUUUUAAUUUUAGCUUUUUAAAUGUGUUCUAUGUUCUCCACAGAAUGUGGCAUAUCAAUGUCCCUGUCAUUUUGUUCUGCUGAUUCACAAGAGCUCUGAUUUAUAUUUUGCACAACUUGUUUAUUCUGCAGUUCUCAAAUGGUUAGUCUGUGUUGAGCUAAAGCUUUAAACUCGAUCAAUUUCAGUUCACAACAUAUGAUUCUUCCAGAUAGUCACAUCGCUGUCAUAUUUAAAUGUGAAAUGCACACUGUUACAAGCAAUUUAGGACUUCAGAAUAACUGAUGUGGGUCCAAGAAAGGAUGAAGAUGAAGUUUUAUGAUUAGUUUGUAGAUUAGCUGUCUGAAUUCAUUGUACUCUUGUUAAACUAUGUAAUUGUGAAAAUGUAGGGUACAUAUUGGUGUAAAUAAAUACAAACAGUAAUUGAGUGAUUUAUUUGCAUGUGAAAUGAUUAUUCAUUAAUCAUUUCAAAUCAUUUGUUAAUUGUCUUUUAACAAUUAAGAUUUAAAGUGCAUACCUGCCCAGGGACUACAGGUGGAAAUCGGC